AUGGACAGUAGCUGCCACAACGCGACCACCAAAAUGUUAGCGACUGCUCCGACCCGAGGCAACAUGAUGAGCACCUCCAAACCCUUGGCUUUCUCCAUCGAACGAAUUAUGGCGCGCACCCCCGAGCCAAAGGCCCUGCCCGCCCCCCACUUCCUACAGGGAGCCGUGCCCAAGGGGGACCCCAAGCACUCUCUGCAACUCAACUCGUCGAUUCCCUGCAUGAUCCCCUUCGUGCCUGUGGCGUACGACACAAGCCCCAAGGCGGAAGUCACCGGCGCUGAGCCGCGAAAGGCAAGUCUGGAGGCCCCCACCGCGCCAGCGGCGGCGCCCUCGGCUCCAGCGUUCAGCUGCAGCGACCUGCUCAACUGCGCGCUGAGUCUCAAGGGCGACCUGACCCGCGAUGCGCUGCCACUGCAGCAGUACAAGCUGGUAAGACCGCGUGUGGUCAACCACUCUUCCUUCCAUGCCAUGGGUGCUCUGUGCUACUUGAAUCGAGGUGACGGACCGUGCCACCCGGCAGCCGGCGUCAACAUCCACCCGGUGGCCUCCUACUUCCUCAGUUCCCCUUUGCACCCGCAGCCAAAAACGUAUUUAGCCGAAAGGAAUAAACUAGUGGUGCCGGCGGUGGAGAAGUAUCCCUCAGGAGUAGCUUUCAAAGACCUGUCCCAGGCUCAACUGCAGCAUUACAUGAAAGAAAGCGCCCAGCUUCUGUCGGAAAAAAUCGCAUUUAAAACCUCGGAAUUCAGCAGAGGCUCUCCUAAUGCCAAGCCCAAAGUUUUCACUUGCGAAGUGUGUGGAAAGGUCUUUAACGCGCACUAUAAUUUAACCCGUCACAUGCCGGUGCACACAGGAGCCAGACCCUUCGUUUGCAAAGUGUGUGGAAAGGGCUUCCGGCAGGCUAGCACUCUGUGCAGGCACAAGAUCAUUCACACCCAGGAAAAACCUCACAAAUGUAACCAGUGUGGCAAAGCAUUUAACAGAAGUUCCACUUUAAACACGCAUACCCGAAUACACGCAGGCUACAAACCGUUUGUGUGUGAAUUCUGUGGCAAAGGAUUUCAUCAAAAAGGGAAUUACAAAAACCACAAGUUGACCCACAGCGGGGAGAAGCAGUUCAAGUGCAAUAUUUGCAACAAGGCUUUCCACCAGGUUUACAAUCUCACCUUCCACAUGCACACCCAUAAUGACAAGAAGCCCUUCACCUGCCCCACAUGUGGCAAGGGCUUCUGCAGGAACUUUGACCUCAAAAAGCACGUCCGCAAACUGCACGACAGCGGCCUGGGGCUGACCCGCUCGCCCGCCGGGGAGCCAGGCACAAACCCGUCGUCCGCGUUACAGCAGCCGCAGCCCGCAACGCUGCCUUCUCUGCCGCCCCCGGGGCCCCUGCAACCAGGGCUCCACCAGGGCCACCAGUGA